ACGGUAUAAUUAAUCGAUAAUUCCGCGGUCACACUGCUGGCAGCAAAACAAACUGCAAAAAUAAUAAUCCUGGGAGUUCUCCUUUGGUAACCAAAAUAGAGGAAAAGCCCAAGAGUCAGGAUGCAGAAGUACGACAAGAUGGAGAAGAUCGGGGAGGGCACUUACGGCACGGUGUUCAAGGGUCGCAACCGCGACACCAUGGAGAUAGUGGCCCUGAAGCGGGUGCGACUGGACGAGGACGACGAGGGCGUGCCCAGCUCCGCCCUCCGGGAGAUCUGCCUGCUGAAGGAGCUGAAGCACAAGAACAUCGUGCGGCUGAUAGACGUCCUUCACUCGGACAAGAAACUCACCCUGGUUUUCGAGCAUUGUGACCAGGACCUCAAGAAGUACUUCGAUAGCCUCAACGGGGAGAUCGACAUGGCCGUCUGCAGGAGCUUCAUGCUGCAACUGCUCCGCGGAUUGGCCUUCUGCCACAGCCACAACGUCCUGCAUCGCGAUCUGAAGCCGCAGAACCUGCUGAUUAACAAGAAUGGCGAACUGAAGCUGGCUGACUUCGGCCUGGCGCGGGCCUUCGGCAUUCCCGUGAAGUGCUACUCCGCAGAAGUGGUGACCCUGUGGUACCGACCCCCAGAUGUUCUGUUUGGUGCCAAGCUAUACACAACCAGCAUAGAUAUGUGGUCGGCUGGAUGCAUUUUGGCCGAGCUGGCGGACGCUGGACGACCGCUGUUUCCCGGCUCCGACGUGCUGGACCAGCUGAUGAAGAUCUUCCGAGUGCUGGGCACCCCCAACGAGGACUCCUGGCCGGGGGUAUCGCACCUCUCCGACUACGUGGCGCUUCCAUCCUUUCCGGCCAUCACCUCGUGGAGCCAACUGGUGCCUAGGCUGAACUCCAAGGGGCGCGACCUGCUGCAAAAACUGCUCGUCUGCCGGCCCAAUCAGCGUAUCAGCGCGGAGGCCGCCAUGCAGCACCCCUACUUCACGGACAGCAGCUCUUCGGGCCACUGAAACGGAUGGGAAUAGGGGUUUCCACUCGAUUGCGACUGUUUCCACGUACUUUGAUUAGACCUAAGCCGAAAACUAUGAAUGUGUGCAGUGUCCCCAGUGCAGUAGAUGUCGAUUACAGACUAAGAUAAGCUGUCCUUCAUUACUCUUCGUUCUAUUUGAAUCGCUUAGUUAAUCAAAAUCAGCAAAUUUGAUUAGUGACAAUCCAUAUGUGACAUUUAGCUGCCAAAUUAAUCGUUAACGUUUUAGCACUUAUUGAUUUCAUAAAGAUCUUGUACUAAGUCCUUUUCAUAAUCUGUUAAUUUAUUUAUUAAUAUCUAAAUAACUUUUCCCUGACCGAUAUCUACUGUUCGUAUGAGUGUGCACCAAAAACAUGUGUCAUCGGGUAUAAUUAACUUAGCUCCCACUCUUUUGUUUUGAAUUCUUAACUGAGAUUUCUGGUUUCAAAAAUAUAUUUUAAGCACUUUAUGCUAUAGAGCUUAUCUGGUUAGGCAAGCUUUUGAAUUCCAAAGAAAUCCUUUUUAUUAAAUGAAACAUAAAUCGGAAGUUUUUAGCAUUAAGGAACUUCGACCCAGAACUCAGAUGUAUCCUAGAUUUGCAGACCAAUAAAGAGGAGUUCGUGCAAGAGGGCACCAAAAAAAGGUCGGCAGCAAAUAUUUUAAAAA